GCCGGAGGUGGAAAACCGACCACCCCGAUCAUUAUCAAAAAAAAAAAAAAAAACACCACCCCGACCUGGCCGCCGGCCCGCGCCCCCUCUGCCGCCGCUCGCCGCCGCGCCCUCCCGGUGGAAGUCACACUGUGCGUGAACCUUCGCGUCCGUCUCCGUGCCCUCAGCAACUACCUGGGCUCUCCUUUAUCUCUCGUCCAAGUCCCGUUCCUUUAUCUCUCGUCUCUCGUCUCGGUUUCCUUUCCUGGGCCCCUGGCGGCGACGAUUGGGCGAGCGGCCGCGCGAUUCGGCCCCGUCUUCCUCGCCGGGCCCUUUGCCGGCGACGAGUACCCACCAGGAGAACCAUCAAGUUGUUUGGUGAUAAUGGACCCAAAGCAUUCAGCCGAAGUGUCCAAGCAUUUGGACAAGCAAAACCAAGCACUAAUGGAAACAUACCGCGCAAUGUCCCAUGAGUUGCAUAAACUUCAGGUGGAGGAAGAAACAAUCAUGCGUAAGUUGUAUGAACUGAUGUCUGCAGAAGGGCUUCUUCCAAAGCGCAAGAAAGAAAAGCAACAGGAGGAAAAGGCUGUGGAGUCAACUCUGGAGAACAAAGAAUGGGAACCAUAAAUCUUAUCAUCUCCCACAUAAUCCCACAUGGAUACCAGUUCAGCUGAAGGGCUAGGUGUCUGUUAUCUUCUCAGUGGCAAUACUCUUCCAUCACAACUUGGACGACCACAUCAUUUAAAUUUACAGUAUGAUGGAUAAGCAUUUAGCAGUAGAGAAUUUCAGCUCCAGUUGUUUCACAAUUGAAUCUUUGAACCUGAAUAUUGGUGUAUAGAAGAAUAGAACCAUCCCUUCUGCUUUAUGCUUGAAAUAAAAAUAAAAAAUAUAGAUUAGAAGUAGU